AUGAAUCACAUGCUGAUGCAGUUUCGCCGUCGUAUCAUGAAUGACACAUCCGGCCCGAUAGCACGCCGUAUCCACGAGAAGUUGUUGGCAGCUUUUGCUCCUUCUCACUUGGACGUGAUUAACGAAAGUCACAUGCACAAUGUGCCUAAAGGCUCCGAAACUCAUUUUAAAGUGGUGGUCAUCUCCAAUGAGUUUGACAACAUAUCGCUACUCCAGCGUCACCGCAUGGUGAACACUGCGUUGCAACAAGAGCUAGAUGAGGGCGUGCAUGCGCUCAGUAUUCUAAGUAAAACGCCAAAGCAGUGGGAGGAUAGCUCACAGGUCAAGCCAUCGCCAAGCUGUCGCGGUGGCAUGGCCGUAGAUUCGAGAAAAAAAGAAUUUUUGAAAGAUCUUGAGAAGAGAAAUCAGAGUGAUUAG